AUGUAUUUUGUACUUCUUUUUUUUUCUUUUCUAAAUAAUUUCUUUCUUUUAUUAUUUUUUAUUUGUACUUCUUUUUCUUUCCUAAAUAGUUUCUUUCUUUCUUUAUUUUAUUUUUCUUUCUUUCUUUCUUUAUUUUUUCUUUCUUGUACUUUUUUCUUUCUAAAUAAUUUUCUUUUUUUAUUUUAUCUAUUUUUUCUUUCUUUCUUUAUUUUAUGUUUCUUUUUCUUUCUUAGUUUUCUUUCUUUUCUUUAUUUUAUGUUUUGUCUCUUUUUCUUUCUUUUAUUUCUUUCUUUCUUUCUUUUUAUUUUUAUGUAUUUGUACUUCUUUUCUUUCCUAAAUAGUUUCUUUCUUUCUUUAUUUUAUGUAUUUGUACUAAAUAGUUUCUUUUUUUCUUUCUUUAUUUUUUCUUUUCAAAUAUUUUCUUUAAUUUCUUUCUUUUUUUUUUUAAUUUUUUUUUUUUUCUUUUUUAUUUUAAAAUAUUUUCUUUCUUUGCUUUAUUUUUAUGUAUUUUUUCUUUCUAAACUUUCUUUUUUCUUUCUUUUUAUGUUUUGUACUUCUUUUCUUUUCAAAUGGUUUUCUUUCUUUUAUUUAUUUUUUCUUUCUUUCUUUUUUUUUUUACUUCUUUUUCUGUCCUAUUUUUCUUUCUUUCUUUAUUUGUUUGUACUUUUUUCUUUCUUUUUUCUUUCUUUAUUUAUUAUUUAUACUUCUUUUUUUCUAAAUAUUUCUUUCUUUUCUUUAUUUUAUGUAUUUGUACUUCUUUUUCUUUCUAAAUAUUUUUUCUUUCUUUUUAUUUUAUGUAUUUGUACUUCUUUUUUUUCUAAGUUCUUUUUUCUUUAUUUUAACCAUUUGUACUUCUUUUUCUUUCUAAAUAGUUUCUUUCUUUCUUUAUUUUAUGUAUUUGUACUUCUUUUUUUCUUUCUAAAUAGUUUUUAUUUCUUUCUUUCUUUAUUUUAUUUUCUUUCUUUCUUUAUUUUUGUGUAUUUUGUACUUCUUUUCUUUCUAAAUAGUUUCUUUCUUUCUUUAUUUUUUAUGUAUUUGUACUUCUUUUUCUUUCUAAAUAUUUCUUUCUUUCUUUCUUUUUUAUUUUACUUCUUUUUCUUUCUAAAUAGUUUCUUUCUUUCUUUAUUUUAUUUUCUUUCUUUCUUUAUUUUAUGUAUUUGUACUUCUUUUUCUUUCCCUGGUUUUUCUUUCUUUAUUUUUUAUUUUUUUUUUUUUUUUCUAAUAUUUUCUUUCUUUAUUUUAUGUAUUUGUACUUCUUUUUUCUUUCUAAAUAUUUCUUUCUUUCUUUAUUUUGUGUAUUUGUACUUCUUUUUCUUUCUAAAUAGUUUUUAUUUCUUUCUUUGGUUUAUGUAUUUGUACUUUUCUUUUUCUCUUUCUUUAAUGUAUUUUGUACUUCUUUCUUUUUUUUUUUUUCUUUUCCUUUCUAAAUAUUUCUUUCUUUUUUUUUGUCUUUAUGUAUUUAUAUAUCUUUUCUUUCUAAAUAGUUUCUUUCUUUAUUUAUUUUGUAUUUGUACUUCUUUUUUCUUUCUAAAUAGUUUCUUUCUUUUAUUUUAUUUUUUUUCUUUCUUUAUUUUUCUUUUAUUUUUCUAUUUGUACUUCUUUUUUCUUUUAUGUAAAUAUUUGUUUUCUUUUCUUUUAAAUUCUUUUUCUUUUUAUGUAUUUGUACUUUCUUUUUUUCUUUCUUUAAUAUUUGUUUCUUUUCUUUCUAAAUUUUUUUAUGUAUUUGUACUUCUUUUUCUUUCUAAAUAUUUCUUUCUUUCUUUAUUUUAUGUAUUUGUACUUCUUUUCUUUCUAAAUAGUUUCUUUCUUUCUUUAAUUUUUUCUUUCUUUAUUUAUUUUUUGUAUUUGUACUUCUUUUCUUUCUUUAAUAGUUUCUUUUCUUUCUUUCUUUAUUUUAUGUAUUUGUACUUCUUUUUUUUUCUUUUUUUUUUUUCUUUCUUUCUUUAUUUUAUUGUACUUCUUUUUCUUUCUUUUUCUUUCUUUAUUUUAUUUUAUGUAUUUGUUCUUUUUCUUUCUAAAUAUUUCUUUCUUUAUUUUAUUUCUUUUUUCUUUCUUUCUUUCUUUCUUUUUUUUAUGUAUUUGUACUUCUUUUUCUUUCUAAAUAGUUUCUUUCUUUCUUUAUUUUAUGUAUUUUUUUUCUUUUUUCUUUCUUUUUCUUUAAUGUAUUUGUUUAUUUCUUUCUUUCUUUUAUGUAUUUUAUUCUUUUUCUUUCUAAAUAGUUUCUUUCUUUCUUUUAUUUUUGUAUUUGUACUUUUUUCUUUCUUUUUCUUUCUUUCUAAAUUUUCUUUCUUUCUUUAUUUUUAUUUUUUUCUUUUUCUUUUUCUGUUUCUUUUCUUUACUUUUUAUUUUAUUUUUUUUUUCUUUAUUUUAUUUUGUACUUUUUUUCUUUCUAAAUUUUCUUUCUUUCUUUUUUAUUUUAUUUUUUUUCUUUCUUUUUUCUUAAUUAUUUUCUUUCUUUUUUUCUUUUCUAAAUUUUUUUUCUUUAUUUUAUUUUUGUACUUCUUUUUCUUUCUUUCUUUAAAUGUAUUUAGUUUCUUUUUCUUUCUUUCUUUAUUUUAUUUUCUUUCUUUUCUUUCUUUUUCUUUAUUUUUCUUUCGUAUUUUUGUAUUCUUUAUUUUGUAUUUGUACUUCUUUUUCUUUCUAAAUAGUUUCUUUCUUUCUUUAUUUUAUUCUCUUUCUUCCUUUCUUUAUUUUAUGUAUUUGUACUUCUUUUUCUUUCUAAAUAGUUUCUUUCUUUCUUUAUUUUAUGUAUUUGUACUUCUUUUUCUUUCUAAAUAUAUUCUUUUUUCCUUUCUUUGUUUUAUGUUUUGUACUUUUUUUUUUCUUUCUAAAUUUUCUUUCUUUUUCUUUUUUUAUGUAUUUGUACUUCUUUUUCUUUUCUUUCUUUUAAUAUUUCUUUCUUUAUUUCUUUAUUUUUGUGUUUGUACUUCUUUUCUUUCUAAAUUUUCUUUCUUUCUUUAUUUUUUUUGUAUUUCUUUUUUCUUUCUAAAUAGUUUUUCUUUUCUUUCUUUCUUUUAUUUUAUGUAUUUGUUCUUCUUUUUCUUUUUUCUUUCUUUCUUUAUUUUUCUUCUUUUUCUUUCUUUAUUUUUUCUUUAUUUAUUUUUUCUUUCUUUCUUUCUUUAUUUUAUGUAUUUGUACUUCUUUUUCUUUCUAAAUAGUUUCUUUCUUCCUUUCUUUCUUUAUUUUAUGUAUUUGUACCUCUUUUUCUUUCUAAAUAGUUUCUUUCUUUCUUUAUUUUAUGUAUUUGUACUUCUUUUUCUUUCUAAAUAUUUCUUUAUUUCUUUCUUUAUUUUAUGUAUUUGUACUGUUUUUCUUUCUUUUUCUUUCUUUCUUUAUUUAAUAUUUGUUUUUUCUUUCUUUCUUUCUUUUGUUUCUUUUUUUCUAAAUUUUUCUUUAUUUUUUUUAUUUCUAAAUAUUCAUUAUUUGUUAUCUCUUCAUUGUAUCUUUUUUUCUAUUCAUCCUUUGUUAUUUUUCUCACUUUUUGUCUACUUUUCUUGCUUCAUUUCUGUUCUUUUCUUUUCCUUCUUCUUACUUCAUUCAUUAACAUUUCUUUUUAUUCCAAUCCGUUCUUUCAUUUCUUUUAGUAAUUUUUUCCUUCCUUCAUUUCUUUGUUUGUUUGUUUCUUUCCUUCUUCAUAAAGAUUUCAUUGUUUCUUCUUCCUUCCCCUUCUUACUUCUUUCUUUCUUUCUUUCUUUCUUUCUCCAGUUCUUUCUUCAGUUCUUUCAAAAUUUAAUUUCAUCCUUCAUUUCUUCUUUCAUUUCUUUCGUUUUUAGGAAUAUUUCCCCUCUUUCCUUUUUUCUUUCUUCUUUUUUAUUACUUCAAUUCCUUACCAUUUCUUUACACCUUUCUUAUGCCCUUUAUUUUUCGCUACAUUAUUCUUUCUUUCUUUCUUUCUUUCUUUCUCCUUCCUUUUCUUUCUUGUUCCUUUUCUUUAUUUCUUUUCUUUCUUUUUUCUUUCUUUUUUCCUUCCGUUUCUUUCUUUUUCCUUUUUUUUUUUUCUUUCUUUCUUUUCUUUCUUUUCUUUCUUUUCCUUUUCUUUAUUUCCUUUUUUCUUUCUUUCUUUCUUUCUCCUUCCUUUUCUUUCUUGUUCCUUUUCUUUAUUUUCUUUCUUUCUUUCUUUCUUUCUUUCUCCUUCCUUUUCUUUCUUGUUCCUUUUCUUUAUUUCCUUUCUUUCUUUCUUUCUUUCUUUUUCCUUCCGUUUCUUUCUUGUUCCUUUUUUUCAUUUUCUUUCUUUCUUUCUUUCUUUCUUUCUCCUUCCUUUUCUUUCUUGUUCCUUUUCUUUAUUUCCUUUCUUUCUUUCUUUCUUUCUUUCUUUCUUUCUCCUUCCUUUUCUUUCUUGUUCCUUUUCUUUAUUUCCUUUCUUUCUUUCUUUCUUUCUUUCUUUUCCUUUCUUUCUUUCUUGUUUUUCUUUUCUUUAUUUCUUUCUUUCUUUCUUUCUUUCUUUCUUUCUUUCUUUCUCCUUCCUUUUCUUUCUUGUUCCUUUUCUUUAUUUCCUUUCUUUCUUUCUUUCUUUCUUUCUUCAUCAUUUACUUUAUGGUCAUUAUUUUCCUUUUCGCGGUUACCUUUUCGUCUUCAAACUCUCUUUACGUGUUUCAGUUAUUUUCAUUCUUAGUUUUAUUUGUCGUUUCUUUAUCCUGCAUUUUUAAAUUCUGCCCUCAGGUUUCCUUGGGUUUUUUCUUUCCUUUCGUCAAUUGCCCCCCCCCCAUUUCCACAUAA